GCAAUUAAUGCUGACUGACAGCCAAGAGCUUGGGCAGUGAACCAAGAGACUGAACAGCAGGUCUGUUCCUCACCUGGAAAGGUGUGUCAACUGGCCUUGGAUGCUGGAGUACAUGGGAUCCAGGUAAAGGAAGCCAGCAAACAGAGAAACAGCAACAUGGGCAGUGGGAGUAGCAGUGCUACCACAACUGUUAACAGGACUUCUCCAGUUGCACCAGGAAUCACCAUGCCUCAGUUAAAAGGAGAUAUGGGCUCGGCCUUCAUCCAGACACAGCAGCUCCAUGCUGCUACGGCCGACACUUUCCUGGAACACAUGUGCCUGCUGGAUAUCGACUCAGAGCCCAUCACUGCACGCAACACUGGAAUUAUCUGCACCAUUGGGCCAGCCUCUCGAUCUGUGGACAUGCUGAAGGAGAUGAUCAAGUCUGGAAUGAACAUUGCUCGCUUAAACUUCUCCCAUGGCACACAUGAGUAUCAUGCGCAAACAAUCAAGAACGUUCGUGAGGCAUGUGAGAGCUUUGAGCCUGGCAGCAUCCAGUACAGGCCUAUUGGCAUUGCUCUGGACACCAAGGGCCCAGAGAUCAGGACUGGCCUCAUUAAGGGAAGUGGUACUGCUGAGGUGGAGCUGGUGAAAGGCAACAUGAUCAAGAUUACCUUAGAUGAUGCUUACCAGGAGAACUGCAGUGAGGACAUUCUCUGGCUUGAUUACAAGAACAUUACCAAAGUUGUCGAAGUUGGCAGCAAGGUCUACAUUGACGAUGGACUCAUAUCCCUGCAAGUCAAGGAGAUUGGCCCUGAUUUCCUCAGUUGUGAGAUCGAGAAUGGUGGCACCUUGGGAAGUAAGAAGGGAGUGAACCUCCCCGGUGCUGCUGUAGACCUGCCAGCUGUUUCUGAUAAGGACAUCCAAGACCUGCAGUUUGGUGUGGAGCAGGGAGUCGACAUGGUCUUUGCCUCUUUCAUUCGCAAAGCGGAUGAUGUGCAUGCUGUCCGCGCAGUGCUAGGAGAGAAGGGCAAAAACAUUAAGAUCAUCAGCAAGCUUGAGAACCAUGAAGGUGUACGCAGAUUUGAUGAGAUCAUGGAGGCCAGCGACGGUAUCAUGGUUGCCCGAGGUGACCUGGGUAUUGAGAUCCCCACAGAAAAGGUCUUCCUUGCCCAGAAAAUGAUGAUUGGGCGCUGCAACAAAGCUGGCAAGCCAAUCACCUGUGCCACUCAGAUGUUGGAGAGCAUGAUCAAGAAGCCUAGACCCACUCGUGCUGAGGGCAGUGAUGUAGCCAACGCAGUGCUGGAUGGAGCCGACUGUAUUAUGCUCAGUGGAGAGACUGCCAAGGGAGACUAUCCUCUGGAGGCAGUGCGCACACAGCACAUGAUUGCUCGUGAAGCCGAGGCAGCCAUGUUCCAUCGGCAGGUGUUUGAGGACCUGCGUCGUUCCACGCCGCACUGCAAAGACCCUGCUGAGGCCAUUGCAAUCGGUGCUGUGGAGGCCUCCUUUAAGAGCUUGGCCUCUGCGAUCAUUGUGCUCACAGGCUCUGGAAGGUCUGCCCACCUGAUCUCCAGGUACAGGCCCCGUGCCCCCAUCCUCGCUGUGACCCGUAAUGCUCAAACGGCUCGUCAGGCCCACCUGUACCGCGGCAUCUUCCCUGUCCUCUACACCAAGCCCGCAAACGAAGUGUGGGCAGAGGAUGUAGACCUGCGUGUCAACUUUGCUAUGGAAAUGGGCAAGGCCAGAGGCUUCUUCAAAGAGGGUGACGUUGUCAUCGUGUUGACUGGCUGGCGUCCGGGCUCUGGUUACACCAACACCAUGCGUGUGGUUCUGGUGGCCUGAACAGCAAGGAGGGCAGCUCUGCUUUCUCCUUUUUCUUUUUUCCCUUUCAUCUAUCUUUCAUAGCGUUCCAACCCCACACCUCACUCCUGCUCACAGCCUUUGGAAUCCAGACACUGGGGCUCACAUGCUCUACCAUUCAACAACUUAGCAUUUAGGAAAUGAUGCAAAGGAUUUUUGAAAAGGUACAGCCCUCACGGUCGAGGUUUUGAGUGUGAGUGGAGUGUGUUUUUCGCACAGUUCUAUUUUCCAUUCCUUUCAAUUACCUAAAUCAAACCAGUCUUCAGGGCCUCAGUAAUACACCCUGACCAGAAACUGCUGUAUUUAUUCACUCAGAACACUUGUAUGACUUUAAAAGUUGAAUUUUAUGAGUGACUGCUUCCUGGUCUGUGUGCAUGUGCGUACUGACUCAUGUUUAGGUGGGGUUGGUGGUGGAGCCAGCUGACCUUACCAGAGCACCUUGAGUCUGUAAGAGCAUACUAAAAGCACUCCUCAGCUGGUUAAUUGAACAAAGUAGUGGCAUUCUCUGGGCUCCUCGCACAGUGGCUCCACCACUCCACCCAAACAAAUCCUGCUCUAGUGCUGUCUAUAUGAAGUGUCCUCAUUCGCCAGCUUUCACUGUACAACAGUGUAUAUGUAAGUGUUGCACUCCUAAUUUACUCCAAUGUUACAUUCAAUAUUAUACUUGACUCUUGUGAGUGGUGAACUUUUGUUUUGGGACAUCCAAUACUACUUAUAUUUUGACUGUCUAUAGAAAGCUAGUUUUGGAUGUCUAAUUCAGAGGUAGUUACUGUGUUUGUGUGUUUAGUUGUGUCAAAGCCUUUACAUUUCUUUGCAUUUAGAUAAUAUCAAAGCUGGCACCUAUGGAAAAACGUGUGGUUCACUAAAGAUGACUUGUGUGAUUGAGUAUAGGACUGAUGUAAAGAUAUGAAGCCCUGACCCUCUAAGUCAAAGGUGGUGAUGGGUAGGAUCCCAGAUUUUCUAUCUCUGUUGGUGACCCACUGUAACUGUCUCCACGUGUGUAACAUGCUUUUGAUUGUAAUGCUAGAGUGUAAGAACUAACAAAAUGUAAAGGGGUAUUAUAAUGCUUAGCUGGUGUACUGAGCUGUCCAGCAAGACUUGAGUUCCAUCAAUAAAAGAGAUGAGCACCUA